AUGCCAUGGCUUGUUAUGGGUGAUUUCAAUUGUAUUCUUCGUCUUGAUGAAAAGAAGGGAGGUCUUGAUCCAAGAACUUCAGCUAUCAAUGAAUUUUCAGAUUGGUUAGAUGACAAUAAUCUUUUUGAAGCGGAUUCUUUGGGUACAAAAUUCACUUGGACUAAUAGCCAGUCGGGUUCUGACAGAAUUAUUAGUAAACUUGAUCGUGUUGUUAUUAAUGCUGCUUGGCUUGCAAGAUUUGAGAAUUGGCGGUGUUAUCCUUUUGUUGUUCCAAAGCCUAAGAGAGCUCCUUUUCGUAUUCAGAAAAUGUGGUUUUCGCACGCUGAUUUCCUUCGCAUGGUCAAUGAAAGUUGGAACAUGCCUGCUCAUGGGUCUCUUGAUUUUAUUUUUUCUUAUAAUUUGAAGAGGCUUAAAGGUGUGAUCAAAGAUUCUCGGUUGAAGCAAGAUCAAUUGAGGUUUGAAACUGCUGCUCUUCGUUCGGAUGAGGAUCCUAAUGAUAUUACUAAUCUUAACCUUAUGAAAGAUGCUAUGUCUAAGCUAAGUGAAACGCGUCUUCAGCAUAACACGAUGCUUAAACAAAAAGCUAGAAAUCAAUGGCUUGUGGAGGGUUCAAGCAAUUCUACUUUCUUUCAUAAUAGCAUUCGUAUUCGAAGAAGUCCUAAUACUAUCUCUGAAUUGGUAGACGCUGCUGGUACUACUAUUUCAGACUAUGACCAAAUUCGUGAUCAUGUUGUGCAACAUUAUGAAGAUAAGUUCAAUGGCCAGGAGUUGGACUAUGAUUGA